AUGGCAUCAUCCGAAUGGAAGAUUGAACACGGUUUCCUCGGUGGCAACUAUGAUAUCGUCGACUUGAGUGAUAAGCACAAGGAAUUCCUUCUCAACCUGCAUGGCCGACUUGACUACGAGUCCUUCUACUCCGGUGCUACUAGUGAGCGUGAUAUCCAGGAUUUGCAAGUAACGUAUGGGUUUGCCAACCACCGUGGGAUCUCCUUCAACCAAGACCUUAUCACGUCUUGCAAAACCUCCUGGUACGAAAGGGAAGGGUUCCGCAAUGUUGAGGCUGCACUGAAAACAUUGCAAGGGUUGUCGUUCUCCGGGGUGAUUCAAGAAACUUUUGAGCAUGAACUGGCUCAUCGAAAGAUCCACGCUGAUUUCCUCGAGCACAAUGGACUCAUCAACACACCAGGAGACCAUCCUCUGCAAUACGAAUCCGGUUUUGCGGUUCAGAGAAAGAUUCGAGAGGACCACUCCAAACGGCAAGUGGAGAACGUGGGCUCGCAAGGGCAAGUUACGGACGCCAUCUCGAACACUGCACCGGUAGAACCAGUGCGUGUCUUGGAAAUACCAAUGGAUGUUCAAAGACUCCGCUACGCACCUCCUCUGCACUUGCAGUGGGGCUCUUUCGCUCUCGACGAUGAAGGUGAACUUUCAUCUGUCAUCACCCCGGGUAACGACCCUGUUACUUUUGAGCAGUUGGUGGAGCAUCUAAAAUAUGGCGGCAUUGACGAUCCGACUCGCGGAUUCAUACCAGAAGUACCGGCACCCCUAAAGAGAGAACGGGACGGGGAAGAUAGCGAAGACGGUGGCGGGAAACGUCAAGCAGGGUCACGCGCAAGGUCGAGCGUGACAUCAUCUGCUUCUGUAACGAAGGCAGAGGCGGAAAUCAAGAAUCUUGGCCCGCAUCACGUAGUUGCCGAGGCCGCACCUUCGGACCCGGAAAGAACGAUGCAAGAACUCUAUGAGUCCAUGAUGGAGGAAGGCAAGCGGAAGUUGUUCGAAACGAAAUAG